AGACAGGGGAAGCAGCUGCAAGUAAAUUCGUUCUUCAGAGAAAAAGGAAUAUUUUUUUCGGCAAAAUGUCAGAUCGAAGCCCCUUUGAAACGGACAUGUUAACCCUUACCCGCUAUGUCAUGGAAAGGGGAAGGCAAGCUAAAGGCACCGGGGAACUGACACAACUUCUGAACUCCAUUCUGACUGCUAUAAAAGCCAUCUCCUCUGCUGUAAGGAAGGCAGGCAUUGCACAUAUGUAUGGCAUUUCUGGAAGCGUGAAUGUGACUGGGGAUGAAGUGAAGAAACUGGACGUGUUAUCUAAUGAUCUUGUAAUUAACAUGCUCAAAUCAUCCUAUGGUACUUGUGCCUUGGUUUCUGAGGAGAACAAAGACGUUAUUAUCAUACCAAAAGAUUUACGGGGUAAAUACAUUGUCUGUUUUGAUCCCCUUGAUGGUUCUUCUAACAUAGACUGCUUAGCAUCUAUUGGAACAAUAUUUGCCAUAUACAGGAAGACAACAGAUACAGAGCCCUGUGAAAAAGAUGCCCUUCAGCCAGGACGGAACAUUGUAGCGGCAGGCUAUGCCCUGUAUGGAAGUGCAACCCUUGUGGCGCUCUCUACAGGCCAAGGUGUGGAUUGCUUCAUGCUGGAUCCUGCACUUGGAGAAUUUGUUUUGGUUGACAAAAAUGUGAGAAUUAAGAAGAAAGGCAAGAUUUACAGUCUUAAUGAAGGCUAUGCAAAAUAUUUUGAUCCAGCAAUAACAGAAUACCUACAUAAUAAGAAAUUCCCCCAGGAUGGAAGUUCCCCAUACAGUUCAAGAUAUGUGGGUUCCAUGGUUGCUGAUGUCCAUAGAACCCUGGUGUAUGGUGGAAUUUUUAUGUAUCCAGCCAAUGAGAAGAGUCCUAAAGGAAAGCUCCGACUUCUAUACGAGUGCAAUCCAAUGUCUUUCAUCAUAGAGCAGGCUGGAGGGAUGGCAACCACAGGAACCCAACCAGUGCUAGAUGUACAACCUGAGACCAUCCAUCAGAGGGUGCCCCUGAUUCUCGGCUCUCCAGAUGAUGUAGAGGAGUAUUUGGCCUGUGUUAAGAAACACCAAAAAAGCAGCUAAAUGUUGGCUCAUAGUGCUUAGUUGGGUAGCUUUCAUUAGUGUAGCUUUAUUUUGUUGGCAUCAUCAGUCCAUGAAUAUGAUCUUUCUUUGUUUUCCCUGAACAUUGAUAUGAUUUUGCCACAGGAAUGCCAGCUGUUUGCUUCUCUUGUAAUGCGAGAAAAGUCCUCCCUACAGCAAGCUGAAUGCAUAAAAUAUGAUACAUUUGCUUGCUCUGUGAUGCCAAAUAAAUCAUCCAAACUUUAUUAAAAAUGUAUAUUUGAAAAUAAUACUUUGGCCUUAAACCGGGAAUCUUUUAAAACUGUCUUUAUUACACCUGAUAACUGCAAAAUAGAUACCACAUCGGCUUUUCAAAACAUAUAUACAGGUAUAGGAUCUGGAAACCCGUUAUACAGAAAGUUCUAUAUUAUGGGAAGGCCAUUUUCUAUAGAUUCCAUUUUAAACAAAUACGUCAUUUAGAAAAUGAUUUCCCUUAUCUAUAAUAAUAAUAAAACAGUAAUUACCCUGUUAUCAUUUAGAAAAUGUGUUUCCAAUAUGUAUAGAUCAUUAUUAUAUAAAUAUUUGAUUGUAUGUGAUGGAUGUAUGCAGACGUACAUGAACUUAUUCAUUUUUUGUUGUUAACGACAAACUGCUACAAUAGAUUCUAUACCAUGCUAAACUUAUCCAUGCACUUUUUUCAGAGCAUACUAAUUGGUCAGUCCAGACCUCUGGUAAUUAGAAAUAGACCAGAGUUUGCUCAUUCUAAUAUGUAAUCUGUGUCCUAUAGAUUCGAUUUGAUGUUUUAAAAAAAAAAAGUUUUGGUUGUAAUUAAUAAAUUUAAAUUAAAAGCUUUAGUAAUUAUACCUAUUUUAUUUAACACAGCAGUAUAAAAGGAACUGUACAUCCCAUAACACUGAGUAUACAAGAACACGAUACGCCAGUCCAGAGAGUUUAUUUACAGUUGCUACUUCAAACAAUGAACUGUUUUAUAAGAUAUCCUCUUUGCAUGUCAGUAUUAAUGACCGCAUUAUACUCUGUUUUGAAUAUCUAACUGUAUGAAGAAAGCAAGUAAUAAACAAGACACAAGCU